GCACGUCUGUUCACAUAGCUGUCCUUCUCACUCUCUCUCUCUCUCUCUCUGCAUGUGUGUGCUAACCAGCCACUCUGCAUCUGGGAAUAGGGGAUGUGAGCGUGUGACUCCAAUAUGUAUGCUGUUACAUGCUGGGAAACACACUCUAGUGCAGCUGCAGGCCAUUUUUUGCCGGUGAGCGAGCCAAACCCCGCCUCAGGGAGCAGGAGGAUGGAGAACAACAUGUGAUCGACCCAUGCGCCACUGUCGACAGCAUGCUUCGCCUCCUCCAGACCUUGGCUUUCUGCUUCUGGUGCUUUUUGCUACUUCCCAGGCAAGCUGUGGCUGACGAAGAGGCCCUCUGGGGACCGACGGCAUCAAAAGAAAACCCACCUGAAAGCUCAUACUGGUGGACCCCGUCUCUGCCAAAGUUCCCUUCCAUUCCGUUCCCUCCCUUCCGUCUCCCCUUUAUACGUUCGGACGUGAACGAUGAAUCUGCUGAGUCGACCACAACCACCGAAGGGCUGACGGAACCAAUCAAUCGCUCGCAGGAACACUUUGGUUCAGGGGAAGAAGUUAUUUCCGAGGCCUCUGAACUACCCACCGCAUUGAGUCAGUGGCUCCUAACCAGCGUGACAAAGACAGGAACGGAACCACUUCCCACGGGGACAUCGGAUUCUCCACACAGCAGCAGCAGAGCGCAGAGCGACAACGAAGCUCUUGUUUUAGACUCCUACUCUCCCACAAGCGGCUCUAUCAGAAACACUCUGGUCACCAACAGUCCCACCAGCACAAGCGCUGCAGAACAAAAUGCAACACAUACCCACCCACCGGUGGGCACCGCACCGGCCACAGCGCAACCGCUCCCGGAGGAGCACACUGGUGGGGAGGCCGAAGGUUUGACAGAAACAAUCUAUUUGACGUUAGCAGCAGAAACCACAGUUCCCGCUGCCUCGACAUGGGCAGCAGCCCAAACCACGACGACUGCCCCAGGACUGGUGGAGAGCGCUGUAACCAGCAGACAGACUCUGGUUCCUGUUACCCCCUCGACGUCCGCAGAAACAACAUUUGUCAGAAAACCACAAGACUCGACCUUUGGUGUUACGCUCCAUGCUGGAGAGGCAACAACGACAGAAGCUCACCCCACUCAGAGCGAGGCCGAUCUGGGCUCCUCUGAGGCCAGGUCAGGGCCAAUGGAGGAACAGCCGGGGGUAAUCACCACUGCCAUGGGGAUCGAUCACAAACUAGUGCCGGAAUCCGUAUCAAGCACAACUCAGAGCCAAAGGGUUAACUUUCCAAUAGCAGGAGAGCCGCCGGGCCGAGAGGAUAAGGAGGAUGAGGAAGGUGUGGUUCCUUCAGCUGGCGGGGAUAGCGACACCGAUCUGGCAGACAUCUCCACGGCAUCCACUAAGCUGCUGACCACGUCCACGACACAAAGCGCAGAUGCUCCCGAUAUCCCUGUGCCCACUGACGACUGGAACUACAACCAGGUGGACAGCGACGCCACCUUGCUUCCAGACUGCAAUCAAGAGCGCUCCGGGAUCUGCAAAGUCUCCGAUGCCUGGGACGCAACGACCUCCGCGGACGUCACGCCCACACAAAACACCACCGCCGCGAACCAAUCAGCCAACCCCUUCCUGAUCCCGGCCCCACCCAUGUUGGUGCCGCUGUACACCGACUGGAACAGCGCCAUGGCAGAUUGGGGCGUGGCCUGGGAGGCACAUGUCUACGGCGCCGGUUGCGUCUUUGCGAUGCUAACGCUGGCCUCGGCCCUCAACCUGCUCUGCUUGCCUCUGCGGUGCCCCUCCGGCUGUGGCUACUUUGCCCUGGUCAGUCUGUUCCUACUCGCCGCCGGUUGCACCAGAUCGUUCUCCCUCCUGUACGACGCCUACGGCCACGAGGACCGCUUGCCCUCUCCAGAGGCCUCGCUGAUACUCUACGAGGCACCGUUCCCCUGCUUGACCGCAGCGUUCGGCCUGGUUUUCCUUCUCCUCUCCAUGCGCUCAAGGAUGCAGCUCUCCUACUCAACUUUCCAGAGACCCUGUUUCCUCGCCUGCCUGGUCGCCGUGCACUUUGGGGCUGCGUUCGGACCGGUGACAUUACUGCAGUUCUACCAGGAGAAGCCUCCCCAUUGCCUCUUUCUCGCACUCAUCUCCCGUGGGACCUUUGUUGCACUGGCCACAUUUCUAUCUGCCGCCUAUUUUGUGUUCUACAUCUACGUGCGGGCAGAUUCGAAGCACAUCUACCACCUGAAUAACACGUCUCCGACACCCGCUGAGCGUUACAACCGCUGCCCCUUCGCCGAGAGCCGAGACUGGAACCGGGCAGCUGGAACCGUUUGCGUUUCAGCAUUCUUUUGUUUGGCGUGUGCGGGAUUGCAGUUGUAUGCAAUGCUCAACGCUCUGGGCGUCACGGGUGGAGAGGAGGUCUUUCACCCGUGGCCCUGGUGGGCUUUCCAAUUUAGCUGCAGACUAUGUGAGCUCGGGGUUUGUCUCACCUUAGCCGUGGUGGUAGCGCAACCGGUCUACUGUUCUGACCACCUGACAUCUGCAGGAAGCUGCUGGACGGAACUGUUGGCGUCCAAGUCGCCCAUCCUGCCUGGGAGCUACCAAUGGACCCUGAGCCAGCAAGAGAAGCUCGCAAUCGUUGAUACCGCUGGGCUCGGAGAGAUAGAGAGCCUUCCUCUUUACACUCUGGUGGAUGAGAGGCUUGGCCACAGUAUUAACGGCCUGGACCUCCUCUACCACAGCAACCGGGCUUUGGCAUACCGAGACCUGGACUUGGAUUUGCAGGGUUCAGGAAAACCUGGGAACGGGGGAUGCGGAGAACCCUCAGGGAGAUCCUCGUAUACCAGUGACUCCACCACAGACCUGCGGCCACCUUCGCCCAUCAACCUGCGCCGCAGCAUAGACGAGGCGCUCUUCAGCGAUUCAGCCCUAUUUCCCAUGAGCCUCUUUCGCCCCGAGAGGCCUGUUCGCUGCAGCGAUCUAGCAAUAAACAACCACUGUGCACUUCAAUGCAACGGCCUCUGCGAUCCCGUCUCAGCCGACCCUGGCCUCUAUCGAACCUCUUCCUGCGUGGAGAUGACCUUGCUACCCCAGCCCUCUCGCGCCCAACCUCACGGAGACACCAUUGCAGGCGCUCCAACAUCUCCCUCCGUGUCCUCGUCCUCCAGCUGCUCAUCUCCUGAACGUUGGCGGGGCAGCUCUUCCUCCAGUUCCCUCUUCCGAGAUUCUUUCGGAGGCUCGUCACUGGUCCUUUGUCCAAGCCUAGAGAGACGCGCUCAGCAGCAAGGGGGCAACGGCCACGCUGACCCACAGAGGCACUAUCAUACACUGGGCGCGGCCUCACAAGAGAGCCUGGACAUGGACAUGUCGUCCGAGGCCGACCGCUCCGCGCAGCAGGAGUUCAUCGGUGUUUGUAGACAAAUGGAUGCUUUGAGCAACUGCAGCGAGACUAUUGAUUUAUGAAAAGGACAGUGUGGUCAAACAAGGGUUACAUAGAGGAAUUAGUAAGAAGGGUGACUGUUAAGGUUUUUUUUACAGCCUAUUUGGUAGUGCAUGGUAGCUUUUGCUUGCGCCAUAAAACCUAUAGCUGCCAAAAUAAAGCUUUUGGAGGUUUGAUGAGAUUUCUUAUGUGGUAAUUAGUGAAUGUCUAAGUGCCAAGAAUGUCAAAAGCCAAAUGGUAAUUUGUAACUUUUCCAUGUUUGAUUAAGGCUGGUGAGGUUUGAUAGUCAAAAGAAUAGUGGCAUUUUAUUGAGUGGAGAAAUCUAUUUGUACAAAUGUUUUUAUUGCAUUCCAACAUUCCAAAUGAUACUACUGUACUGUGACUAAAAUUAAGCACUUAUUAAAUACUACUGAAGUCUUAGGUUAUCCAUUUCAGCAGAAGAACAUUUUCAUUAAAUCUCACGUCAAAUAUGAGAUUGCUCUUAAGUUUUUCAAACUAUAAACUCCACUCUAUGCCACACAUCUUACGUGCAGUUCUGGUGACGCAGCUCCCUCUACUGGAAAACACACCAUAUGUUACCUUAUCAAUUAUCACCAACGGACUGUGCUUCUACAUACACUGGCAGCAUCUUAUAUGACUUACCAAUUUAUUUAUGUUCAAACAUAACUUUGCUAAACACAUUGUUUAAUAAAGUGUCUUUUCUAAAAAUGUGGUUUCUUUUACUGAAGGUUCGAAGUGACAAGCAAUGUGACUGGAGCUCAUAUUCAAGAAGACAUGAGUCUAUACUUGUUGGAUUUAUUUAUUCUUUGUUUGACCAUAUUGAAAGCAAAAGCAACAAAACAUUGUCGAGUGUUUUACUGUAAACAUGUGCUUAAGUGAUAUUUCUCAAAAAUCCCAACCGAUUUGAAUGAAUACUGAGUCUUUUCUGUCCAUCUAAAAAGCCAACGCUUAAUGUUUGGGUUGCAGAAGCUACUUCUGGCAACUUGUAGGGGCUUCACAAUAUCUUGCAGGUAAAAUCAUACAAAAAGUGCAGCAGAAAAAAUAAAAACAAAUGUAAACCUAAUAUCCCACUUCUCACUAUACCUGUGCUUUUUAGAUGGAC